GUCAGUCAGUGCUGUUGUCACACAAAGCACGACGCACCUGCUCUGCCUGGUGCAACCAAUACGAGCUCUGCCUUUCUUUGGUGAGAUCAGCAGCUCCUACGCCAUAACCUGCGACACUCCGUCGGCCAUCUGGUCUCUCGCCCAUUGCUGCACUCGCCAUGGCUGCUCAGGCUGUCUCCACUCUUGCCCACAGAAUGCCAGUGGCGCCACGCGCUCUCUCCGCCACGGCGGCGGUGCGCGCGUCGCUGGAUGCGCGCGUGCUGGAGAGCAAGUCGCUGGGGGAGCUGCGCGCGCUGGCGCGCCAGCGGGGGCUGCGCGGCGACACCAAGGCGGAGCUCGUGAAGAUGCUCAGCAGCGGAACAAACGGUGCAGUUGCCGCCACGCCUGCCGCGCCCGUGGCGGCGGCGGCCGCGCCGUCGGGGGCGGGUCAGUCGGCGCUCGCGCGGCAGUUAGAGGUGAUGCCGCUGGGGCAGCUGCGCGCGAUGGCGCGGAGCAAGGGCAUCUUCGGCAGCACCAAGGCGGAGAUCGUCGCCGCGCUGACAGCCGCGUCCGGUGCGCCUGCCGCUGCACCCUCUGCCUCCCCGCCGGCCCCUGCUGCGCAGUAUUCCGCGGCUGCGCCGUCGGCAGCUGCCCCCGCGCCCAGCAACAGCAGCGAAGGCGGAAGCAGCGCGCAGGCGCGGCUGCUGGCGGCGAAGCCCGUGGCGGUGCUGCGCGCCAUGGCGCGGCAGAAGGGGCUGCGUGGCAACACCAAGGACGAACUCGUCGCCGCGCUGCUCGGCUCAUCUUCCCCGUCCGCCUUCUCCUCACCAGCGCCCACCUCCGCCUCCUCUCCCGCGCCUCCUCCCUCCGCCCCCUCCGUGCCCACAUCCGCGCCAUCGUCCGCGGCGGUGGGCGUGAGCGCGCAGGCGCUGUCCCGCCAGCUGCAGGCCCGCCCGCUCUCGGCCUUGCGCGCCAUGGCGACUGCCAAGGGCAUUCCGCCCGCCGUCUCCAACAAGGACCAGCUCAUCCGCGCGCUCGUUGCGGCAACCACCGCCGCAGCGGCGGGGGUGACGGAGGUGCGGGCGGCGGCGUCCGUGCGGGCGGCGGAGCUGCAGGGGCGGCCACUGGCGGAGCUGAGGGCGAUGGCGAGGCAGAGGGGGCUGCGGGGCGACACCAAGGCGGAGCUCGUCAAGCUGCUCACCGCCAGCGAUCCCCUCCCCUCCACUUCCAUACCCACCACCCGUCCUCCCUCCGCCACUGCCACUACUGCCGCUACUGCCGCCACAGCAGGCGUAACAGCAGUGGCGACGGCAACAGCCUCCCCCUUCGCCUCAGGCAUCAACCUCCCCUUCCAGUCCGACGUCCCUGCCGGCGGCACCACCGCCAUCCAGCCCACUCCGUCCUCUGCUGCAGCAUCAGCAGGGUCAGCAUCAGCAGCACCGACAAUUCAGGAGGCAAUAGAGCUGUUUGUGACGCAGGGGCGGGAGGAGGAGCAAGAGGUGGACGGGCUGUCGGAGCAGGCAGCGUUCCUGCGCAACGUGCUGGUGGGGGGCAUUGGCAUCGCCGUGCUGCCCCUCAUCAUCCCCAUGCAGUUCACCGCACCCGUUGUCUCCCCGCCCCCACCCACCGCCACCACCCCUGCCGCGCCCGUGGCUCCGCCUCCCCAGCCUGCCCCGGACGUGCGGGAGUUGUCUCCGGAGGAGUUCUGCCGGACACUGCCUGCCUCGCUGCUCUCCCCCGAGGCUGCCAGGUUCUGUGCUGCCGUCGUCGAUCUGAAACUCUGACCGCACUCUCCACACCUCGCCCCAUCCCACCCCACCUCAUCGCUCACUGUCCUCACUGUCCUGGGAGCCCCUUUGGUCAAGAUUGGCACCGCCAACCUGCCCUGCAUCCAAGAGGUGUGUUCCUUCGGAGUACAGUAGGUGCAGAAGUGUGCGGAUUUUCUCUGGGCUCGUGUUGAUCAUAGCAGAGGGCAUUUUUCUCUCGUGUGACAAGAGUCAAUCAGAUGUCUUGGUUUUGGAUGGUAACUUUUCUUAGCUGUGCCUAAUGAAAUGCAAUUGUUAGUUAGUAGCUAGUACCUUCUGGAGUGCUCCAGUCCAGGAAGUCACUCUCCUAGAGUUCUCUUCAAACUUGUGCCAGCAAAAGAGUGAAGGGUCUUUCAUGGUAGGAACCAACCAGAGUCAACAUUCUUCUACCAAGGGUAAAUUACUGCGAAGUAGGAUUUGUGUGUAGAAAGUAUCAAGUUACUAGA